UUGAAGUGAUGCCUCUGAGAAAGCUGUUUAAUGUCAUGGUUUCUCUUGUGCUACUUAUUUGUUCAGAAAGGCAGGCACAAUCAGCUCGUUCUUUUUGUGCAUCUGCUUUAGCAUAAUGGCUUCAAACCUUGGUUUCUCUAAGUAGGAACCCGUUUAAAACAUUUGAAUUGUGUUACUGGCAUGCUUAACUAACUUAAGUGUUGCAUCGAGAAUAAAAUGAUACUCUCCUUUCUUAAAGGAAUCAAAGUCAGGGAGAUUUGUCUGGGAGAUGGCCGCACGCCUCAGAUCCGUAAGUUGGCGAUGUCAGUGAUGCUUUAUGAAGACUGGUAAGAAAUGCACGGUGAUCGGUGGGUCAGGAUUCUUAGGCCAGCACAUGGUGGAGCAGCUCCUGGAAAAGGGUUACGCAGUCAACGUGUUCGACAUUCAGAAGAGAUUUGAUGAUGACAGAGUGCAGUUCUUCCUGGGAGACCUGUGCGACAAAGAGGCUCUGCUCCCAGCUUUACGAGGUGUGUCAGUGGUGUUCCAUUGUGCAUCGCCAGCACCUUCAAGUGACAACAAGGAACUGUUUUAUAAAGUGAAUUUUGUGGGAACCAAAGCAGUCAUUGAAGCCUGCAAAGAAGCUGGAGUGCAGAAACUGGUGUUGACUAGCAGUGCCAGCGUAGUUUUUGAGGGCACAGACAUAAAAAAUGGAUCAGAAGACCUCCCUUAUGCAAAAAAACCCAUUGACUACUACACAGAGACGAAGAUCCUCCAGGAGAAGGAAGUGCUCAGUGCGAACGACCCAAGCAACAAUUUCUUCACGACUGCUAUUCGUCCCCAUGGAAUAUUUGGUCCUAGAGACCCUCAGCUGGUUCCCAUCCUCAUCCAGGCAGCUAAGAGUGGCAAAAUGAAGUUCAUCAUUGGGGAUGGAAAGAACUUGGUAGACUUCACCUAUGUGGAAAACGUGGUCCAUGGACACAUCCUGGCUGCAGAAAAUCUUCAGGAAAGUUCUCCCCUGUGUGGGAAGGCCUUUCAUAUCACAAACGAUGAACCUAUUCCUUUCUGGGCUUUCAUGUCCCGUAUCUUGACUGGCUUGAACUACGAUCCUCCCAAGUACCACAUUCCUUAUUGGCUGGCUUAUUACCUCGCCCUCUUCCUGUCUCUGGUGCUCUGGCUGCUGAGUCCGCUGGUCACCAUUAAGGCCACUUUCACCCCUAUGCGGGUAGCGUUAGCUGGAACAUUUCACUACUACAGCUGCGAACGGGCCAAAAAAGCCAUGGGCUAUAAACCGGUGGUGAGCCUGGAUGAAGCCAUCAAGAGGACUGUGCAGAGCUACCCCCACCUGCGCCGGGCUGAGGCCUGAGAAGUGCAAGAUGGACUUUUUUCCUACUUGAUUUUUGUAAUUGCUUUGACAUCUCAACACUGAAGCAAAUGUCACUAAUUCUCUGGGAUAGGGAGUACUCCUCAAGUCUCCCCUCCUCCUUGCCAUUAUCAAGGCGGCUUUUUCUGGGUUGAAAAACACUCACGUAGGAGCUGUGCUAACAGUUCUUUUCUUUGAUGUGACUUCUUGUUUUGAAACAGCUGCUGAACCCUACGGACUGUGAAUAAACACCCUGCGGUGCCCUCUUCAAUCCCAAUCCAGCACUUCAGCAUUCCUUCAUCUUCUCUCUCCACCCUUGCCCUCUGUUUUGUUGCUCUGGUGAUAACAGCCGCCUCUUCCCAUAGCUGCCAGCUGGUUCAUGGAACACUUCUCAGGACUGGUUCUUUUCUGUGGUUUGGCUUUUUGCUAUACAAGAGAGGCUUGUGCCAGAAUGGGGUUCUGCCAUCUCUUAAAUUGUUGAAGCUGAUUUCAUUAGUCCCUCUGUGGUUGGUGGGCGAUUUGGCUCCUUGCUGAGGCAGCAGGAGGAAACCUGAGGAAAAGGCACACCUCCCUGUAGGAAACAGACUCCUUUGUUUCUGCAGGAGCCUGCUUCUAGUCAAAAAAUAAACCAAAUAAAUCAAGAAGAGAUGAAUUCCUAGUUUUGUGCUCCAUCUUCAAAAGGGCAGAGCCUGUUCUGAACAUCUCGGCAUAAAUGGGAUUUGAAUCAUUCCCUUUGUUGGGGGAGAAGCCUUUGCUGUGCCUGCUGUCGAUAAGCACACACUGGUUUACCACAGUUUGCUCAGUUCCCCCAAGAACUGCAUUGGUUGGAAGACCCUUACAGCACAGAGCUCUCCUCAUCUGAUAUGUUAUCAGUGGUAAUAGUGGGGUUUGAACACUUAGGACAUGGAAAGAACUCUUUUCUGCAAGAAAAUGAUUAUCAUAGCAUUGUGCUCACCGAGCUGUUCAAUUUAACAUUUAUAAUAACUGUAUUUUACCCUGUCAUCUUUCACUUUACCCUAUCAUCUUUUGAAGUGCUUCAGCUCUGUUUUUUAUUUUUGAAUAAAGAGUUUAGGUCAGAGCUGGAACUUCCCCCUAGGCCCAUUCCUGGCUUCCCGGGAGUUUUGGUAUUUCACAUUUCAGAAGCAUGGGAAGUACCUCACUCAAUGAGCCUUCACCUUGCCUUGGAGCUCCAUACGCUGCC